GGAGUGGAAGCUAGGUCGUCCGACUACAGUCCUGAGCUCUAAAAUGUCGCGGUAAACAAACGCAGAAUACGUUAAAGAGACGCGGUUCAUCCAGCGGAGACAGGAGAGUGUGUGUGGUGAACUCCCCGCCGGUUUUUACCGACACCCUGAGCCUCAGUCUGUAUGAUUGGUUUUCUGUUCCCGUCAGGCGAUGGUGUGGGCUGUGUGGGCGGUGCUUCGAAGGGUGACUUGCGAGGGAGCCGCAGCUCUGAAAGCAAACGUACCUGGAGCCGGGAGAGCAGCAGCAUCACGGUGGAGCAGACCUGUCCGCUCACCUGUCACCUCCUGCCGCAGAGCUUUAUCCAGCGAGGUGAGACACCUACAGACUACAGUCAGAAUGCCAGAAAUAACCACAGAUCACCUGGACGAGAAGCAGGUGCAGCUGCUGUCUGAAAUGUGCAUCCUGAUCGAUGAGAACGACCACAGGAUCGGAGCCGACACCAAGAAAAACUGCCACCUCAACUCCAACAUCGACAAAGGUUUACUGCACAGAGCUUUCAGCGUCUUCAUUUUCAACAGCGAAGAGAAGCUGCUCUUACAACAGCGGUCUGACGCCAAAAUCACUUUCCCAGGCUGUUUCACAAACACAUGCUGCAGUCAUCCUUUACACACAGACAGUGAGCUGGAGGAGAGGGAUGCUAUAGGAGUGAGGAGAGCUGCUCAGAGAAGACUCGAAGCUGAACUGGGUAUCCCCACAGAACAGGUGACACCAGAUGAAAUGACAUAUCUAACAAGAAUCCACUACAAGGCCCAGUCAGACGGAGUCUGGGGGGAACAUGAGAUCGACUACAUCCUCUUCAUGCAGAAGGAUGUGGAUUUGAGUCCAGACCCCAAUGAGAUCAAAAGCCACUGUUACGUGAGCAAGGAGGAGCUGAAGGAGAUGUUAGAGAAGGCCAAGCGCAAGGAGCUGGAGAUCACCCCCUGGUUCAGCCUUAUCGCAGACACUUUCCUCUUCAAGUGGUGGGACAACCUGCAGAACCUCAAACAGUUCAUGGACCACAACAACAUCCACCGCAUGUAACCACCACCAGGGUCAGGCUCGGCCUCCAGUCCUUUCAGACCUUCGGUUGUCAGAGUACUUGCCUGACAUCCAAGCACAGCCAGCUGAGCUGCUGGAGACCCGGAACCUGCACACGUUGUCGGGGUAGAAGCAUAUGUAGGAUUUCUACACCAGAGGAAGAAGCAGAGAAUGUUUUAGUCAGUUAAAAGUCAGAGGUGACGUGGUUCACAGUAGGUUUGUAGCUCUGAGGUUCACACAUCAUCAACAUGAGAGGUGAUCAGAGUCUUUGGCAAUGAAGCACAUCAGGUAACGAGUCCUGACGAGCUGCACGUUGGAUUCACAGACCGAACACAAGAAAUCUAACAUUUUAAUUAACCACAGAAAAUGAAGAGAAAAGCAUGUUUUUAUAUAAAAACUUAAAGUGCCUCAGUAUAGGUCUGUAGGCUGAGGUCAACAGUCUCACAUUAACCCCUGUCACUGUGUUCUGCUGACAGUUAUAUCAGUGAACAAGCUGCAUCUUUGUGCUCUUUUACACAAUAAAGUAUUUGCUUGUGGUCAUUGGUUAGCAGACGGCUGUAGUUGCUUUGUGUGACUGGAACUAUUCAUGAGAUGUCUGCAGUGUUUUUCACUAAAUACCCAAAAAGUUUUCUUUUACUAAAUCAGCAAAGUCUGUCACAGCCUUUUAAAGCGGGAAAAGCUUUCAGCUGCAUCACUGCAUGUUAUCAUGAAUAAGCGUUUAUCAUCUGACUGCUCACAGAAAUGCUUUAAAGGUGUUAAAUAAGCAUUGAGUUUGGUUUGUACUGAGUGAGAGGUGCUUUAUUUGGAAGCUUGAUGCACGUUUUGGACGUUAAGGCACAUUCUCCAUUUCUGCUCAGCACUAAGCACAACAUGAUACGUGAUUUAUAGAUUUCAUGGUAUAAUCAUUAAAAAAAAACAGCAAUUAACCAAUCACAAUGGAAACA